UUUUAUCUGGUUCUGAUCCGCGAUCUCUCACAAUCUGAUAAACGACGUUAGCGACUGGUCCUCCUGUCAGAACGGAGACAUGUCGUCUCUUUAUUCUCGCUCCAAAGACCCAAGCCGAGCGCGGAAGCCCCUGUCAGACCCUCCACCCUCUCCCUCCUCCAGCACCAACAACUUCAGACAUGCCAGGACAUCUCGGCUAGACUCCAGCAGUGGAGAGGCAGCAACAGACAAACUGAUGAGUCGAACAAGUUCUUACACACGCAGAGAGAAUAGACUCGCCUCUCUUAACAAGGCUGAGGACGACACUGGAUCCAGGGACUACAAAAAGUUGUAUGAGGACGCUUUGACCGAGAACGAGAAACUGAAGUCGAGAUUGGAGGAGAGCAAACAGGAGCUGGCCAAAAUCCGCACACAGCUGGAUAAAGUCACCCAAAGGCAGGACAGGAUGUCUGAGAGGUCCAGUGUAUUUCAGUCUGAGAGAAAGGAAAAGCAGGCUUUGGAGAGGCGUGUGACCGAUAUGGAGGAGGAACUGAAGGUUCUCAAUGAGCUCAAGUCAGACAACCAGCGACUGAAAGAUGAGAAUGGAGCUUUAAUUCGGGUGAUCAGUAAACUCUCUAAGUGAGAGAAACUGAAGAGUAAAAAUUUAUAGAGGCCACUUUUGAUCAAACACACACUUCCCUCACCAGAUACGUUAACCUGAGACCCUUUCACCUCUAUCUUCAACUGCUACUUGACCUCUGAACCUCACUCUGUCCUUUUUGUUGGCUUCUGAUUCCAAAACUUGCCAAUUGCAUGCUUCGGAAGUCACCACAGACGCAAGAGGGGGUAAAAGUCAUGCUUGGAAGGUACCCUCCCAAAUGAUGUCAUACCCUCCAAAAGCCAGAGACCAAAGCCAGAAAAAAAACUGCCUCUCAGUGCCUACAUUCAGUUCCAGUCUUAACAUCCACCAUGAUACCACCAUUAUAGUAAUCUUUUAAUCUUCCUCACUGGGAAUCACCUUCGGUUGUGUUGUCACUGCUUUUUGGCUAAUAUAGCAAAAGACAAA